CAGGUCUUUAUUCCUUUGACAAGGCUGUGCCGAGACCAGUGCGGGUACUGCACCUUUGCGCAGCCACCAGUGCCUGGCCGGCGCUCAUUCAUGACUCUGGAUGAGGUGCUGCAAGUUGUUCACCUUGGUGCACAGCAGGGUGCCAUUGAAGUCCUUUUCACCCUUGGCGACAAGCCAGAAUUGCUCUAUCCCGAGGCGAGGAGCGAGCUAAGGCAAAUGGGCUACGAGACAACUUUAGAGUACGUGGCAGCUGCUGCAGCUGCGGUCAUCAGAGAGACUGGGUUGCUCCCUCACAUCAAUGCGGGCACCAUGAACCUUGCAGAGGUACAAGCUCUGCGGAGCGUGUCAGCAGGUCAAGGGCUCAUGUUGGAAACUGCCUCCAGGCGACUGAUGGAGCCUGGCAUGCCACACCAUUCCUGUCCUGACAAGGAACCUGCAUUGAGACUGGCGACGAUUGAGGCAGCUGGACAGGGAGCAGUCCCUUACACCAGCGGCAUAUUGACAGGUAUUGGAGAGACGCGGUUGGAGAGGAUUGAGUCCUUGCUCGCAAUUAGAGACCUACACCAGAAGUAUGGCCACAUCCAGGAGCUUAUCAUUCAGAAUUUUGUACCAAAGAAGAACACAGCAAUGGCUGAUACGGCAGAGCUUCCCUUUACAGAGCUUCUCUGGACUGUUGCUGUGGCCAGGCUCCUUUUUGGGCCAUCAAUGAAUGUCCAAGCACCUCCCAACUUGACGCCAGGCGUUGCUGGAGCAGAUUUGGGAUGGAGGGCACUGAUAAAUGCUGGCGCAAAUGACUUUGGGGGCAUUUCCCCUCUGACAAAGGACUAUGUCAAUCCUGAGAAGCCGUGGCCGCAUGUGGCUGACCUGGCAGCAGCAGUCGCUGCAUGUGGCAAAGCCCUUGUGCCAAGGCUGACAGUGUACCCAGAAACUGUAAAGCAAGCGAACAGAUGGCUGGACGGCACAGGCGGCCCAAACAGCGUGUCAGCUGCUGUGCUUCGACAGGCUGACGGCAGUGGCCUAGCCAGAGGGUCCAACUGGUGUCCUGGCCUUGACACAGAUGAAGGACAGCCUGAAUCAUCAGAGUUGGUACUGCCAAGAAAUGGCGAUGUGCGUGCAAGCCCAAGCCACUCAGAGCUGCUAGAGCAAGUUCUCAAUCAUGGACAUGAGCUUGAUGAAGAUGAGAUAACAGCUCUCUUUUCUGCAAGAGGCGCUGAUUUUGACGCUGUAUGCCGUGCUGCAGACACUAGCCGGCAGAGGCUCUGUGGAGACACAGUGGCGUAUGCAGUUAACAGGAACAUCAACUACACCAACAGGUGCACAUACAAGUGCGGCUUCUGCGCAUUCAGCAAGGGGCGCGUGGCGGAGGAGCUGCGAGGGGCGCCUUACCUGCUGCCCUACUCUGAGGUCACCAGAAGAACGGCCGAGGCUUGGGAUCGCGGCGCAUCUGAAGUUUGCAUGCAGGGCGGCAUCCACCCCGACUUCACGGGUGAGUGUGACACCUACCUCCGGCUGCUGGACGCGGCCAAAGCAGGCGCGCCGGACGUGCAUGUGCACGCAUUCUCUCCCCUGGAGGUGACCCAGGGAGCUGCCACGCUGGGGUGGUCCCUGCGGAGGUAUCUGACAGCCCUGAGGGAUGCCGGCCUGGGAAGCCUGCCAGGCACGGCCGCAGAAGUCUUGGACGAUGAGAUCCGCGCCAUCAUCUGCCCGGACAAGCUCUCCACCUCGAUCUGGCUGGAGGUAAUAGAGACAGCGCAUGAGGUGGGCCUGCCGACGACCUCGACAAUCAUGUUUGGCCACGUGGACGGGCCCCGCAAUUGGGCGCGCCACCUCACCGCUCUGCGCGCCCUGCAGCAGCGCACAGGAGGCGUCACCGAGUUCGUGCCGCUGCCCUUUGUGCACAUGGAGGCCCCCAUCUACCUGAAAGGUCGCGCACGGCGGGGGCCAACGCUCCAUGAGUGUUUCUUGAUGCAUGCCGUGGCGCGCCUGGCGCUGGGCGCUGCGCUGCCCAACAUUCAGGCUUCCUGGGUGAAGAUGGGCCCCGAGCGCGCAGCCGCCCUGCUCAGCAGCGGUUGCAAUGAUAUGGGCGGCAGCAUCAUGAACGAAUCCAUCACCCGAGCUGCCGGUGCGAAGCAUGGCCAGGAGCUGCCUCCAGAGCGGAUGGAGGAGCUCAUCCUGGCGGCAGGGCGCACACCGCGCCAACGAACAACUCUGUAUGGGACACCACCCGCAGAGCAGCAAGCGAAGUCUUACAAUGCAGCGCCCUUAUCACCUGUGUUCCAGCCUACUCAGCAAAUGGACUCUUUUUCAUCACAGGAAAUGCUUCCUGAAAUUCUUUCAGUUCUGAGCAGUUGA